AUGCCGAUAAAGGCUGGCCCGAAAGAGGAGACGGAACAGGCCCCCUGUUUCCUGCAACCACUGCCGGAUCAGAAAUGCAAUCGCGUGCAACCAUGCGGGGCUUGCUCCAAAUCUGGAGAUGCCUCCACAUGCCACUUUGAGUCCCGCGGCACCACCAGAGACGACCAAGUCGUUAUGGAUAGAACCACGAAAAAUGCUCUAACUGCUCGUAUUAACAAACUAGAGUCCAUUUUGCGGUCUGUCAUGGGGGCCAAAGACCAAACCCCUCAGUCCGAUGACUCGAGUCACGUCGAAGACCAGGAAUUUGAUGGCAUUACUGAGUCUUAG